AUGGCGUUUCUCAAGAAGCUGUGCUCGGUGCCAGUGUACGUGUGUCUGGUCGCGUGGAGAAGUCACGGUCACGGAAUUUUUGACACCAUGAGUGCUAAACAAGAAUCGAACUUUGCUGCAAAGGAUUGGUGUGAUGAAGCAGAUGACUGGGGAGUCUGUGAUGAAGCAGAAUCUUCUGCAAGCGCCUCCUUUCAGCUGCUUGGCUUAAAUGAAGUAGAGAGCAGCUCCUCGUCCAGAGAGGUGGAGUGUGCGUCUCAGUUCCAACAGCUUCGCUUGUCUGAAGCUGUGAACACAUUGGGUUCCCUGAAUACACAUCCUCCCGUCAGCGAGGGAACAGUAACAGCUAUAGCUGGUUCAGCUCCUGUGUUCCAGCCCUUUUACAUUAGUGUUGUGGAUGAGGAAGACUAUGUUGGUUUCCUUGAUACAGAUCAUGCAGAUAAGCUAUUGAAGGAGUAUCAGCAGAGGGAGGGUGUUGAUUUGGAACAGCUGAUGACAGAAAGUUUUGCAGGUGAAGGUGAUAUUGAAAAAUAUGAGAAGAGUGAAGUCAAAGGCAGGGACUACACGUUUCAUAAAUUUAUGAAAAGAAUAUCUGUGUGUCCUGAACAGAUUAUAAGAUACUCUUGGGGUGGCCAGCCUUUAUUCAUAACAUGUCCUCCAGCCAGCAUUGACAAAGGUAUUCCAGCCUGCAGUAACUGUGGAAGCAAGAGAAUAUAUGAGUUUCAACUCAUGCCAGCGCUGGUCAGCAUGCUCCAGAGUGAUUCAGAUCUGUCAGUGGAAUUUGGGACUGUUAUAGUUUACACAUGUGAGAGAAGCUGUUGGCCAACAAAUCAUCAAACCCCACUUGAAGAAUUUGUCGUUGUACAAGAAGACCCAGAUCAGAGAUUAUUUAAAUAAAUUGUAUUUCUCCGCAUAGAUGGAAA